AAAAAGUUACAGUAUCAAAAUUAUUUCUUAUUUUAAGUAGGAAGGCUAUACGCUUAUUUAGUGAAAACGUCAUCACCGCCAUUUUGUUGGGUUAGGUUACGACACUGGAUGCAAACAAUUAUUGGAUGUCAUUAGUUUAACAUUCGCCACAAAAGCAAAAAUUUAUAUGAGGUGAAUUAAUACACAAUCAGAAGUGAAAAAGAGAAAGAUGACUACAAAUCAUGCCAUUAAGUUUUUUGCAAUAGCAAAGCUAUUCAAAAAUGAUGAGAAACAGCUGCGACGAGGUGAAAAUGCCUACACAAGUGGACAUGUAAAAAAAAUGUUUUUUCAUAGAGAGGUGCAGCCAGCCAUUAUUAAGGGCAGUGUUCAGGCCAGCAUGAAAAAGCGAACAUAUACUGUAGAGGUUUCUAUUGAUUUGAAAGAGCAAGUGGUAAUUUCAAACUCAUGUACUUGUCCCCGUGGACAAGUUGUGUGCCAUCACUUGGCUGCCUUAUUAUAUUACGCCCACUACAAUAUUAGUUCAACUGAUAUUCAACGACAGUGGGGUACCACAGCUGCAAAUUUAAAUGCCGAAGUUCCUGUUCAUACCAUCGAAGAGUUAUAUGAUUGUAAACAACAGUAUGUUGCAGUUUGCAAUAAAAUUACAACAUCAGAAAUUGAAGAUUUCAGACAAAUAUUAGGUCAAACAAAUGUGGGAUUUUCAUGGCUUCUUAAACCUGAAGCUAAUGAAGCAGUGCAUAAGUUGGUACCAUCAAUAGACGAUAUAGUGUUCUCUGAGGAAUACUUCCAGGCUGAACACAAAGAAGCAUAUUUUUUAGAAAAAUGUUUUAUGCCAGCUGAAAAAAUUCAAGAAAUCGCUUCUUUGACGGUAGGACAACAUAUGAAUGAAAAUUGGCUUAUAACCCGAAAAAGCAGAUUAACUGCAAGUAAAUUUGGUUUAGUUUUAAAAGCCUGCAAGCGAAAUAAAUAUCCUCCUUCGUUGUUGAAGGCCCUUUUAGAGGGAUAUAGUAUGGAUCGUGUCCUAGCAGUUCAGUGGGGUAAAGAUAAUGAACAGACGGCCAUACAAAAGUUCAUGGAAGAGACAAACUUCUCAGUUAUAGCCACAGGUUUAUGCUUACAUGAAUGUGGAUUUAUGGGGGCAUCUCCAGAUGGGCUUGUUGGUGAGGACUCUAUAAUAGAAGUGAAAUGCCCUUAUAAAUUUAGGAAUAUAUCAAUAAAUGAAGGUGUGAAAAAUAAAAACUAUCUGUUCCACUAUGAAAAUGGAGAGAUUUUAAUAGACCGAGACCAUAAUUAUUACCACCAGAUACAGGGACAACUUUAUAUUACUAAACGUAAACAGUGCUAUUUUUUUGUUUGGACACCUAUAGAAUGUGAAUGUGUAAUUAUAGAGAGGGACGAGGAUUGGCUUGCUAAUAUAGACAUUUUGAAAAACUUUUAUUUAAAACAUUUUUUGUCAACUCUGUUGAAAUAAAUGAAUAAAAAAAUAAAUACAUCGUAUUACUUAU